AUGACCUUUGACUAUGAGGUUGAAGAUGACGGAGACCUCCCUGAUACGUUGAGUGAGUACCCACUCUCCUCACUGUCAAAUGAUUCUUCUUGGAUGAGAAAAAUUACGGAAGCGGCAGUUGUCUUGCAUGACACGAUUGAAAUCCUUCAACAACAGGAGCAUUUUGGUCCUUUAUUUGAUGAUCCCGAAAUAACUUAUAAGUCACUGCCAGACUGUCAGAACCCUGUGAGGUAUCAGGAGGUGAUGAUAAGUCUGGAAGAGUGGACACGGGAGGCCUCACAAGAUGAACAUGCGGUUUCCGGCAACGGAUUUCUGAAAGACCUUGAGUUAUUGGCCAGCGAAGAUCCUACUGAGAGGCAAAACGCAAGAGUGCAGCGACGGGAGUUUCAGAUUCAACUAAUGGAGUAUGGUACGGCACUGCAGGAAGUCUGGCAGAGAGCUAGGGUAAAGUAUAUGUGGCCACGUGAUAUAUCAGACAUCUUCGAAGCUAUGCGAGACCUGAGCAGGGCUAUCUCAUCUGCAGUUGACAAAAGACAUUUCACUGGUUGUCACAAGGUAGAAAUUGAUGAUGUGAUGAGAAGUGAUGAAGAUGUGACAGACAUUGCAACUGCUAUUCGUCAGUGUUGGUGUGCCUGGAAAGAUCUUGAGGAUGCUACCUUUGAAUCGAACUGGGACAAACUGAACAGCACUUGGACCGAUACAAACAUUUAA